GCAGAAAAAGAAAACAUCAGCUGCCGUCUUCCAUAGUUCUUAACAUUUUCAUUUUCCAGAGGCGCAUAUAUUUUCUGCUGCAGUCAAGCCCAUCCGAUUCUUCUGCUUUCCUCAAAUCACAAGUAAAUGGUUUAUCAAAAUAAGGGCUUUGUUGGUUCAGAUUGUUGAUUCGAGUUUCAACUCUUUAUUAGAGGAAAGUGAAUGGCAUCAGAGGAAAAUUUGGACUUCUCAAAUCUGAGGUCUCUGCUUACCAGGCCAGAACAAAGGCCAUCAACAGAAGAGAUUUUUGAGAGGAACCUUAUCAAGUUAAAGGAAGGUAUCAAGGGUUCUGAUGGAGACACAGAGAAGGAAUUAGAAGUUCUUUGGCGACGGCUAAAAACUACUGCAAAGGUGUUGACUUUCUUGAAAUCAAAAGCAAGAAUCAUGGCUAUCCCUGAUUUAGCCCAGACAUCAUGCGGCAUCAAACAAUUAGAAGGGGUUGGUCUUGUUGACAAAAAUGGUACACCUUUAUCUGGUUGGUCCAGGAAUGUUGAUCUAUCGUCAUUUGAUGGUCCUGAUGAAGAGACAUGGAUUGGAAUUAGUAAGCAGCAAGGUUCUAUUGAUGAACAGGAUGGAGCCUAUACUGUUGAAUUACUCAAGUCUGUUCAGAUGGUCACAGUUGUUAUGGAAACUCUUGUUAAGAGGGUUAUAAUGGCAGAAUCUGAAACUGCCAUUGAAAAAGAGAAGGUAACUUUAGGUCAGGAAGAAAUUAGGAAGAAGGCUAUCCAAAUCAAGAACAUGUCUUUAAAGUUGCAGGAGAUGGACUGCUUUGCUUUAGGUACAAAUGGUGUUCUAAAUGAAAUGCGUCAGAGAGUUGAGGAUCUGGUUGAAGAGACAACUAGACAGAGGCAACAGGCUGCAGAAAACGGACAAGAGCUUUGUCGUGUGAAACGGGAAUUUGAGUCUCUGAAAUCUUUUGUUAGUGCUCUUAUCAGUGUGAGGGAAACACUUCUUUCAUCAGAGAAGCAAUUUCAAACUAUUGAGAGACUUUUUGAACGGCUAGUUGCUAAGACAACACAAUUGGAGGGUGAGAAGAUGCAAAAGGAGGCUGAAGUUCAGAAACUUAUGGAAGACAAUCUGAGGUUAACUGCCCUUCUUGACAAGAAGGAGGCUCAACUUUUGGCCUUGAAUGAGCAAUGCAAAGUAAUGGCCUUGAGUGCCUCAAACAUCUAAUCUAUUUUGCUUGUAUUGUACCACUGCUUGUUGGCAUGCAAUGAAAGAUGAAUCACGAAGAUUGUCAUGCAUCCAUGAUUGAAAUUUGCAAAUGUAAAAUUAGCUGUUGCUCUUCUUGUUGAUGUUGGAAAACUGAAUUCAGGAAGUAUGAAUCUAGUAAGUGUGCCAUUAGAAUAA